GGCUAUCUAUUCUUUGGUCCAAUUUGUGUAUGUGUGUAGGGCUGGUUCUAUGUCAAAAUUGUAGACUUCCAAUAUGGACGCUGCAAGAAAGUUGUGCCUUUCAGCAUUAGUAACGCUAACAAUCUGGUGCUGUGUAACUGGAUUAGAUAGUUCUACUGAAUCUCUUGAGGGCAUCCUGACCUGUGGCAGAAAUCAGUACCUGGACAUCUCAACAAAAAGCUGUCAACCCUGCAAGACAUGCGGUUACGUUGACCACGAUGUCCACAGCUACCAGGAAUGUGAUUACUGCACGCCAUCGUCCAAUGUAUCCAGGCUGGCCUACUGCCCCGAGCGAUGCACAGCUGAGUUAGGAGGCCUCGAUGCCUGGGUCAGGGUGGUCCUAUCAGCAUUAAUCAUGAUGGUUGUGCCAGUGAUUGUCAUACCGUUGGCCCUUGUCACAAUUGUCAUAUUUAUUAGAUAAACAUAAAUUAAUGUCUGUUUUGGUCCAUAUAUCAUCAAGCUGAAACAAAUUAUGUAAAAUAUGGCUUUUCUCCUCAUACUACUAGCCAUUGUCAGUCUUAUCAUAUUCGUUAGAUACAUACAACUGCCACAUUUCAUAAAGGCAUACAUAAACACUUUUUUAUACUUACCAUUGAUUGUCACACUAUACAGCUAAAUUAUAUGUCGUGAUGGUCACACUAUACUCUAGCUCGUGACGGAUCUGCCACAUAUAUUUAAUAAAAUUGAAUGUAGUUUGUCUUCGGAGAAAUAUAUACGCAGUGCACUAUUUUAUCUUAAGCAAACCUGAUCCCAUAUAGUAAUAUAUAUAUAUAUAUAUUUCGUUGUUCAAAUUGUUAGCUGUCAAUAAUCUGUUUUGUCUCCUGUAAUAAUCUAGCUUGUACUGAUAUUUAAUGUACUAUUUGCUACAUUAAUAUUUAUUAUGUAGUGUUGAAUUAUUUGUGAAAGGAAUGUAGCAUACAGUAAUAUAAAAACAACAACUAGACUACACCUAUUAAUUCACAACUAUCCCAAUAUUUAGUCAUAAGUUUAUGUGUAACUUAUUAUGUGCUUACGACUUGACCAACAGUGUCCCUGUGAGUUGGUGUGCAGCCUACUCAUUUUACUUUUCUUGUUCUAAUUAUUAAUGAUUUUUAUUUCUAGAAACAAUGUGUUUUUUUAAACAAAUAAAAAUAUUUUUCUAAAACUGCACAA